CGGCUGGGUACAGCAGUUGGCAGCUGCAGUAGGCCUGUAGCUGUAACAGCAGCAGUUUUGCAUUUCUACCCCUGCCCGUUAUCACCAUGCAGCAGCAGCAGGCCUUACAAGCUUAUGCGCAGCAGAACAAGGGCACUCUUGUUCCAGGCCAAACCAUCUCAGUAAACAAAUACACGGUCCAGGUUGAGCGGUAUCUCAGUCAAGGUGGAUUCUCUCAUGUGUACCUUGUCAGGACUCCCACCCCCGUGUAUAACACGACCCAUCAUGUUCUCAAACGAAUUGGCGUUCCUAAUGAGGCCAUGCUCGCGGAGGUUAAGAAAGAAGUCGAUAUCAUGAGGAUACUGAAAGGGCACCCAAACGUGGUGCAUCUGAUCGAUGCUGCCUGGCACAAAAUGGCGAACGGCAUGUACGAAGUCUUCAUUCUCAUGGAGUUUUGUCCAGGUGGUGGAAUCAUUGACAUGAUGAACAGACGUCUGCGCGAACGUCUCACAGAAGCAGAGAUCCUUCAGAUUUUUGUAGAUGUCUGUGAAGGUGUUGCUGCCAUGCAUAAUCUUCGCCCCGCCCUUCUACAUCGUGAUCUGAAGGUGGAGAACAUUCUUCAGGCCUCCAAUAAUGUCUUUAAGCUCUGUGACUUUGGCUCUGCCACACCAGUCGCGCCUCGACCGCCAUCUACCACGGCCGAGAUUAGAGCUCUCGAGGCGGACUUGAACAGACAUACGACACUUCAGUACAGGGCGCCUGAGAUGGUCGACCCAUACCUUCGCCGUUCUGUUGACGAGAAAUCUGACGUUUGGGCACUCGGAGUGCUAUUGUACAAAUUGUGUUAUUACACCACUCCAUUCGAAGAACAUGGUCCCCUGGCAAUUUUGAACGUACAGUACCGCAUUCCGCCAUAUCCCGUUUAUUCAUCGCAAAUGAACACAUUGAUCGCCUCCAUGCUUCGCGAGCACGGCACACAGCGACCUACAAUAUUUGAACUUCUCGCUCAAGUGCACGCCAUACGAGGUACCAAAUCGCGCUUCGUCUACGAUAUUCCUCCGCCUCAGCCUCUCUCCCCCCGAGCUUUGCAGCUUCCGUCUACGAAUCCUCUUGACAACCUUGUAUCUUAUCGUCGAGCGCCAGCCACAGAUGCCACGCAACAAGUCCAACCAGCUCAGCCCCAGGACAUAGGUACAGGCAUUCAAGCGCGUGAUAGGGUGCUGGAGGCUAUUGCACCAAUGCGCCGUGGCCGGCCAUAUCAUUCCCAGCAACAGAAUGACACUACUCCCUCAUCGACCUCUCGGCCUCCUAGUCCGCCGAAGCUGCCGAGAAAGCCUGACGCCUCGUUUGGCGCAGAGGAGGACAAGGCAUGGAAAGAGUUGAAAAGCUCUUCUGCUGUUCUCGCUGCGGGGGGCAUCAGGGCUCACAAAUCAGGCAGCAUAACUGCGAGUGUCUGGAGGCCCAAGAUAUCCGCGCCUCCUUUGGACGAUACAUGGAGCGUUGAAACGCGUGCGUCAAAAGCGAUCUCGGAUGAGGUUCCAUCGCCAGGGGUUACUGCAUUUGGGGACAAUUUCGGAGAGAAGUUGUGGAGCGCCUUUGACGGUACUAAGGCUGGGGGAGCCACCCCCGCGACAGGAGUGGGGCCAUCCUCAAGUACUGGAAAAGAGCGUAUUUCGAAGCUUGCUCCUCCACCUGAGGGGUCGCGUACUACGAGGCUUACUAUCACAAAGAGUAAGGACGCGUUCGAUGGUCUAGGUUUAACACCAUCUUCAGCACCCACACCAACUCUUGGAGAGGCACGGAAGCUGAGAACUGGCCUCGCUGUGGUUAAUGGAAACAAUCGCGCUGCCAUCACUCCUAGUCCAUCUAUAGCUGCUGCGAAACCAUCACCAGCCCCGAUCAAACCAAUGCCUUCGCCCCGUCCUCCAGCACAAUUGACAACUACUCACGCUUCGUGGCGUUCUAGUCCAUCAGUGCAACCCCCUGCAUCCACUCCUCCUAAGCAUCCACAGAUGGGCGAAUUCUCUGCCGAGGCACGAUUUCCUUCAGUAGAAGAGCUCGAUGCAACGUUUGGUGUAUCGGCACCUAGCUGGCAGCUCGAGUCCUCCGAGCGCCACAAGGAGCGCGAAAAAGUAGUUAAUCUGUCCGAACCUUCCUUUGCACCUUCCUCGUCGCUUCAGCCGACUUCUCAGCGUGCCGUUCUGAGCACUACCCUUGGUCUACGCUCAGAGCAUGUCACCGGGGUGGCGAUGCGUGACUCUGAGAAGGACAAAAUUCAGAGGUCCGUUGGGUUGGAGAAUGGCAUUGGUGCAAACACAUCGUCUCCAAAGCCCGCAUCAUAUCGGCCUCUUCCCCGUCCUUCGCUUUCGAGGAGACAUCGCAGCAGUAUCACUGUCAAAGCCACACCUCAGGCACAGCUAAUUGAUGACAUUGGUACUCAGGACAUUACCACUCCUGGUCCGGCGUUACGCAAACCCAAAGACUGGUUAACAGGUGAUGUUGAUGCCCUCAUCUCCCCAAUCAAGGACGGAUCUUUCGCUCAGGCUCAGGCUAGCAACCUCCCUGCGACGCCCGUUCUACGCGAGUUUACGAAUAAGCGAUCGUCAUUCAUUGAAGAGAACACAACAAAUUUACAAUCGCCACAGGAAGCUGUCGCCGCUCAACAGCCUCCCCAUAGAGUGACAACACCUCCAUCGCCGUCCAAGAUGCAUACGCGAGGUACCAGUGUUAGAGAGCGGAAGCAAAGUGUCCCUUUGACACCAAAGAAACCUAGAGAGCUACCAGUGGUCGCGCCCAAACCGGUAAUUGCUGCCCUUGCACUGAAGCCGGACCUAGAGUCUCGCCAGGGAGUGACAUCGCAACCAUUGAAGCGUCCACCGCAGGAUGACUCUGAUAGGCGGAAAGCUUUCCCUAUUUCUGAGUCACCAAAGGCAACUAAGAUGCAAGAUUCGUCAAGUGAUGGGGAACAGGGGCCAGAGGAUGCUGUUGGAUUUGCUCCAGGGAAACUAGUUGAGAAGACGGGUUCAUCCCGAAGACGAAAGACGAGGGGCCGGCAAAGUUCCGUGCACGACCUCGUUGAUCUAUGGGGAGGAGGUGUGGUGCAGACAAAAGAACGACCAAAGGAUUCCGUUCACAGUCCUGCCGUUGCUGCAUUCAAUGAACCGACCAGGGACUUUGCUGUGAAACUACAAAAGAGCAGAUCAAUUGCAGUUUCUUCGAUGGCUAAGCAGAGGCCUGCAUCGCCCAGGAUGCAGUCACAGCCCUCAGAGCCCAAUCAUUCUCAGCGUCGUUCACCAAGCCGGUCUCCCAUGCGACCCUUUCCUCAGACACCUGGUGCAAACACCCCUUCGUCUGGUAAUGCCCCCGUAUCAUCCUCUCGCGGGAGGCCGCAGUCUAUGCUUGCCUUUCCAGUGGCAAAGUCUACUUCGGAUGGAAAAAUGGAUGCGCCGUCAACUCCUACGGGUCUAUCUGUUCCAGAAGACAAUCCUCGCAAACACGGCGCUCGGCGGACCUCAAUAACAGACAUGGUCCAACGCUUCGAAGCUAUCGGGGGCAAGGCCAGAGGCCUAGGUGCAGGUUCGCCUGUGAUAGUUCCCAAAUUAGCAGGUUUGAAGAUGCCAACCUCGUCAACUGGAAAUGGUCGUGCUGUGGACGUCACGGGCACAAGCCCAAGUUCCCCGUUAGUGUCGAGAUUCACAGCCUCCAGAGUCACUGCAUCAGCUUUUGAAGAGUCGAGUCCUGGACUUGACCCAGGGAAGCCACGACCAUCUGCGAUUGAUUUAGCCAGGGCGGCCCUUGCCAAUCAGGACCAGAGCAAGGCAGACAUGAAUAUAAGAAAUCCCGUUGCAGGGUUACCCACUGGGACACCCAGUCGAUUCAUGCCUGGAUCAUCAGUAGGACGAACCGGUCCCCUAGACGGUCUUUCAGCAUCGCUAUCUUUUUCCCCUCCAAAGCCUGCCACACCUCUAGAAGAGCCGCGCUCGCCGUCGCCUGAUAAACCUUUUCAGGGAGUGGGCAAGCUCAUCGACCAAUGGCAGCGUAAAACGGAGGUUGAUUCACCUCGAGCCCCUAUCCCUCGGAGAGGUGGUUUUACCCCCAAACGAGCUGGUCUCGUCUAUGAGGAAGUGGGCAAGGAUAGCUGAACCGUGCAUCACUCGACCUCUCAUAUUUGCUUGCAUUCAUUCGCUGCA